AUGGCUGAGGCUGUCCUUACUGAUGUUGCUAAGGAAAUACUAAGCAAGCUGAUUCCACUUGUUACUGAGCAGAUCGGCCUUUUCUGGGGUUUCAAUGAUGAGCUGACACGGCUUCGUGAUUCAGUAGAGUUGAUUCAAUCUGUGCUGGCUGAUGCAGACAGAAGGCAAGAAAGAGAAGAGGCCGUGAGGCUUUGGCUGCGGAGGCUUAAAGACCUUGCUUAUGAUGCUGAUGACGUGCUGGAUGAGCUUGCUUAUGAGAUUCUUCGACGAAAGGUAGAAAUUCGAAACCAAAUGAAGAGAAAGGUAUGCUUCUUCUUUUCAUUUUCAAACCCCAUUGCAUUUCGUAUCAAGAUGGCCAACAAAGUUAAGACUAUUAGUGAAUCGCUAAAAAGGAUUAAUGAAGAAGCAGAUAGAUUUGGACUAGCCAGAGAAAAAUUAGUAAAUGCAAUUCUUGCGAUAAUCCCAAACCGAGAGACAGACUCCUUUAUUGAUCAUUCAGAAGUUGUAGGAAGGGGAGAUCAUGUCUUAGAAAUAGUAGACUUGUUGCUUAGUGCAACCAAUCAACAACUCUCUGUCAUUCCUAUUGUAGGAAUGGCAGGUUUGGGGAAGACGACUGUAGCAAAACUAGUGUACAAUCAUGAGCUAGUAAAGAGACAUUUUGAUAAGACAAUCUGGGUCUGUGUCUCUGAUGAUUUCAAUGAUAAAAGGAUUUUGAGAGAGGCUCUAGAAUCCCUUACCCAUCAGCCAAGUGCAUUAGAAAAUAAGAAUACAAUAUUAGAAUGCCUUAAAAAAGAGUUGCAAGGCAAAAGAUAUCUUCUAAUACUUGAUGAUGUGUGGAAUGAAGUACCUAUGAAAUGGAAUACUUUAAGGAAUUGUCUCUUAGGAAUUAAUUCGAGUGUGGGAAACAGCAUUAUUUUAACAACCCGUAGUGACAAUGUGGCAAAAAUCACAGAGACAAUUCCACAACAUAACUUGAAAAAACUAUCAAAAGAUGAAUGCUGGUCCAUCAUCAAGAAAAAAGUAUCUCUUAAUGAAAGAGUUCAACUAACUCUAGAGUUAGAGGCUAUUGGAAGGGAUAUUGCAAAAAAAUGUGGAGGGGUCCCAUUAGCUGCAGAAGUCCUAGGAGGGACGAUGUCUCGUAAAAAGGAGAAAAGUGAAUGGCUAGCGAUUCAAAACAAUGAAAUUUGGAAUUCACUAAAUGUUAGUAAUGAAAUGUUACCAAUAUUAAAAUUAAGCUUUGAUCAUCUUCCAUCACCCUCUCUUAAACACUGUUUUGCAUAUUGUUCAAUUUUUCCUAAAGAUUAUAGGAUUAAUAAGGAAGAAUUAAUUCAGCUUUGGAUGGCUGAAGGGUUUCUUCAACCCUCUCUAGGAAGUUGUCUAGUGAUGGAGGAUAUUGGUAAUAUAUGUUUUGAUAUCUUAUUGGGGAAUUCCUUAUUCCAAGAUGAGGAAAAGGAUGAUUAUGAUAAUAUUAUCAUAUGCAAAAUGCAUGAUUUGGUACAUGAUCUUGCUCUCUUAGUUUCAAAAUCAGAGACCCUAAUUUUAAAUGAGGAUUUAGUAGAUGGUAUCAGCCUUGUACAGCGUUUGGUGAUCCAAUCUAAAGGCAAAAGUAUACCAAGAAUUUCAUCUUUAAAAGAUGGUGUUUGGAAAUUGCGCACAUUUAUUUCAGAAAAUGCUUCACUUGGCACAGGUUUUCAGAUCGAAGAAUUGGGAUGCUUAAAUCAACUAAAAGGAAAAUUAGACAUUCGUAGGCUAGAGCAUGUGAAAGAUAAAGAAGCCUCCAAAAACGCCAAAUUAGUAGAAAAGGCCAAAGUAUACAAGUUGGGAUUUUACUGGAGUGGGAAUAGAGAAGGCAACCACAAUAAUGAUGAAGAGGUUUUGGAAGGACUCCAACCUCACCGAUAUUUAAAGAGCUUAAGAAUUGAUGGUUUUGGAGGGGAGAAAUUCCCAUCAUGGAUGUUGACAAGUCAUGAUGCAAGGGAUGGCUUUUUGCUAUAUGACAAUUUGAUUAAUAUCAAAUUAAUUGAUUGCAAGAAAUGUGAGGUUCUUCCCACUCUCGGGCUUCUACCUUGUCUUAGGGAUCUUGAAAUAAGUGGGAUGGAUAAUGUAAGAUCUAUAGGAACCGAGUUUUACGGCAACUAUAAUGAUGGUGGUUACGACAAAAUAUUGUUCCCGUGUUUGAGAAGUCUUGAAUUGGGGGGAUGCAAAAUCUAG